CCAGAGCAGACUCUUUUAGGUCUUUGCCGAUUGUUGGCGAACCAUCCAUUGUCGCAGAAAUAGAAAAGGUCACGUCUGACUUAUGAAUCACAUCUAACGAAGGCGGGACGCGUGUUGCCAUCUUCAAUACCGUGUCGGAGGCACUGCCUGCAAUGAGAAAGUGAGUCGAGUUCAAGGAGAGAGUCAUAUUGGGGUCUCGUGCACGCAAGGAGGAGGUGCAGGCUAUAGUAGGCAUUAUUGUUGUCUAGGUCAAGUCCAGUGUGGUGGUCGUCGGCACGAGGAGAUUCGGUUAUUUUGGGGAGAUAAGAUGCAGAUAAGGGGUUAUUAGGGGGCUGGAAAUUAAAUAUGUAAUGGAUAAGGCGGGUGGCUGAAUCGAUCACCGCCCCGUCUGCCAGAAUCGCCUUGAGCCAGGACUAUUCCUUCCUCCUCCAACACAUCUCCACCGCGUCCUGGCGGCAUAUACUUAGAAUAGACGGCCAUGUCGCAUGAGCUGGACCAGAAGAUCCAAGAUGUUUACAAGCGCAUACAGACUGAGCGCAAGGUACUCGAGGCAUCCCAGCUCCUCCGUCAGGCCACAACAAAUCCAGACGUAUUGAGGCGAAACGAUGCAGCUAUCAGGGAAGCUGAACGUUCUCUCUCCUAUUUCGAGGAUACCCUCCGAGAGCUCCAGUCUCGCAAGAUGAUGCAGUCGAGACGCGAUGAUCAUUCACGAUCGGGUAGUGCAGGCUCGUCUCAGCCUUAUGUGUGAAUAUUGUACUCUAGGCUUCGUCUUCAUCCACCUAUGGCAUCCCUGGCAAUCGUGCCCCCCACUCUCCGGAAAUGCGUCCCCAACCAGGCCUACUGCCCCAGGAUCCUGUGAAACCUAAACCAUAUAGCAAUCUGGACCUCAUAAAGGCCGAUACUCCACAUACGACUGCGAAGAUAGCGCGGAUGCUGCAUCAGCUUGAAUUCAAGCUGCAGGUUGAAAUGCAGUACAAGAAGGGUAUCGAUAAGAUGGCGAAGCUAUACCAGGCCGAUGGCGAUAAGAAGUCCAGGGCCGACGCGGAAAGUAAGAAAAUCGAAAGUGAGCGCAAGAUACAACUCUUGCAAACUGCCCUCAAGCGCUACAAGAAUUUGCAUAUUCUUGACGACGCGGAUGAGGAUGAGACUACUGAGCCUGGUCCCGUCGGGCCUGGUGUGGAGGGUGAACGGAAGGACAACCUCCGUAACAAACCUCUGUCUGGAAAGCUGCAAAUUUCACUCAAGGGAGCCAGAGAGCUCGAUCAUGCGCCCAUUGUAACCAGUGGACGCUUACGUUCUGCCUCGAAAGCUGUCGAAACCUAUGUUUCGUUCAAGGUUGAAGGUACUCAACGCGCCCGCUCACACCCGUCUCGGACAGAUCGGUGGAUGGAAGAUUUUGAAAUCACUGUCGAGAAAGCUAAUGAAGUUGAAAUUGCGGUGUUUGACAAGCAAGUGGGCGAAUUGCAUGCCGUCCCCAUAGGCCUUCUUUGGAUCAAGAUCAAUGACCUGGUUGAGGCGCAGAGACGUCAGAAGGUGAUGGCGGAGACCGGUCAAGGUGGUUGGGUCACCGCACAUGCCAUGAAUGGUGAUAAUCCAAUGAUUGGGAUGGCUGGGCAAGGCGGAGCUGGUGACAUGAAUGCUCCGAUUGGCUUUGGCGAGAAAACUAUUACACCUUCAGGUUUCACAGCGUCAUCAGGCUCUGAAGGCGUCGAAGCAUGGUUUGCUGUUGAGCCAGCAGGCGCCCUUGCGUUGCAUCUCAACUUCAUCAAGGAGAAUGUUCGUAAACGCCCUCUCGAUGCUCCUGGUGGUCUCGGCCGUCAAGGUGCUGUUCGCAAACGCAAGGAUGAGGUUCAUGAGAUGAACGGACACAAGUUCGUCCAGCGACAAUUCUACCAGAUCAUUCUGUGUGCAUUUUGCAACGAAUUCCUACUCAACGCUGUCGGCUAUCAAUGCGAGGACUGCAGGUACACUUGUCACAAGAAGUGCUACGAGAAGGUCGUUACUAAAUGUAUAUCGAAGUCGAAUACAGGGGAUGACGAUGCUGAGAAGAUCAACCAUCGUAUCCCUCAUCGAUUCGAGCCAAUCACCAACAUCGGCGCGAACUGGUGCUGCCACUGUGGUUACAUGCUUCCUCUUGGGCGCAAGAACGCACGUCGAUGUACGGAAUGCGACAUCACCUGUCACGCCAACUGCGCCCAUCUCGUCCCCGACUUCUGUGGCAUGUCAAUGGAGACUGCCAACCAACUCUUGCGAGAUUGGAAAGACAUCAACAAGGCUCGUGGGGGAAGGACGGCCACAUCUUCUCGUCCACCUCCGCAAACCGCCGCUUCAUUACCACAAGUACAACAAUACCCUGGAUCCCCGUACCCGGUUGAUCAGUUAAGUGCUGGUAUGGAUCGUAUGAGGCUUACUGCGAGCGAGCAGCCGCCUACGCCAUCUAAGGCACCUGAAUACCAGUAUGGACGUCCGCAACAGGAUAUGCGUAUGCAACAACAACAACCUCCUGCUGGGUAUGGUCAGCCCGGUCAACGACCGGUGCCUGGAGGUCGCGCGCCGUUUCCAACCGAACCUGUUCAGGCGCAGCCUCCGAGACCUGCUCCUGGGUACGAAGGUGCAGAUGUAUUCCAGGCCGCAAAACCAUACCCCGGUCAACCAGCAACUCCAGUACAAGUUGCGGCACAAAUCAGAGUCUCACCGCCUGAUCGACAGAUGUCGUUGCCGCCGACAUCUGUACAACAGCAGCAAGUGCAGAAACCUGCGGCAAGGAAACGUAAAGUUGGUCUAGAUGACUUCAACUUCCUCGCUGUCCUGGGUAAGGGUAACUUCGGUAAGGUCAUGCUCGCCGAGGAGAAGAAGUCGAACAACUUGUACGCCAUCAAGGUGCUCAAGAAAGAGUUUAUCAUUGACAACGAUGAAGUCGAGAGUACUCGUUCAGAGAAGCGUGUGUUCUUGGCGGCUGCACGAGAACGGCAUCCGUUCUUGCUCGGGUUACAUUCAUGUUUCCAGACGGAGACUCGAGUCUACUUUGUCAUGGAGUACGUGAGCGGUGGAGAUCUCAUGUUACAUAUCCAGCGUAGGCAGUUCUCCCUUCGCCAAGCCAAAUUCUAUGCAUCAGAAGUUCUCCUCGCUCUCGAGUACUUCCACGCGAACGGCAUCAUCUAUCGUGAUCUCAAGCUCGACAACAUUCUCCUGACAUUGGACGGUCAUGUCAAAGUUGCCGAUUACGGUCUUUGCAAGGAGGAAAUGUGGUUUGCUUCAACUACUAGCACCUUCUGUGGUACUCCCGAGUUCAUGGCACCCGAAAUUCUGCUUGAACAACGAUAUGGUCGUGCAGUCGACUGGUGGGCUUUCGGCGUUCUAAUGUACGAGAUGUUGUUAGGACAGUCACCUUUCCGUGGUGACGAUGAGGACGAAAUUUUUGAUGCCAUUCUCGAGGACGAACCCCUUUACCCCAUCACUAUGCCUCGUGAUGCUGUCUCCAUUUUGCAGAAGCUCCUGACGCGUGACCCAGCGCGACGACUUGGCUCCGGUAAGAGUGAUGCAGAGGAAAUCAAAAGACAUCCGUUCUUCAAGGAUGUCAGUUUCGAUGAUGUUCUGAACAAGCGUAUACCACCACCCUACUUCCCCACCGUCAACGGUAGUGCGGACACAAGUAACUUCGACGAAGAGUUCACGAAGGAGCAGCCAACACUCACUCCUGUUCAUGGACAGCUAUCAAGUCGCGAUCAGGCCGAAUUCAAUGGCUUCUCAUGGGUGGCAACCUGGGCAGAGAUGUAGAAGAUGUAUCGAUGUUAAUGAUAGUGACCGUUUAGUUGUGGUUUCGUCGUAUUUCCUGCUAUUAUUGACUUUGUUGUAUUUGGAUAUCGAUAUACCUGUUGUGCUCAAGACAACGCCUCUCCUCUUUGUAUCGCCUAGUGGACGGUUUAUCAUUACAGUAACACAGUAACACUGCUGUUGUCUCCGUCUUGAGUGUAAAGUAAAAUAAGGCUACUCGGCGCGUUCACGUUCGCUUUCUGCGACAAGGACGUGUCCACCCGUGCCUGGCAAGCCCUGCAUCUGCUCCUGCUUGGACACAAUACCCUCAUUGGGUUGACCGCGCAUGAGAUC